AUGUCGGAACCACAGCCUGACCUGGAGCCGCCCCAACAUGAACUGUACAUGCUCUUUCUGCUUGUGUUGGUCUUCUUCCUCAUGGGCCUCGUAGGCUUCAUGAUCUGCCACGUGCUCAAGAAGAAGGGAUACCGCUGCCGCACGUCGAGGGGCUCAGAGCCUGACGACACCCAGCUCCAGCCCCCUGAGGACGAUGACAUGAAUGAGGACACAGUAGAGAGGAUUGUUCGCUGCAUUAUCCAAAAUGAAGCCAAUGCCGAGGCCUUGAAGGAGAUGCUGGGGGACAGUGAAGGAGAAGGGACAAUGCAGCUAUCUAGCAUGGACGCCACCUCCAGCUUGCAGGACAGAGCCCCCUCCCAUCAUCACACAGUGCACCUGGGCUCUGCAGCCCCUUGCAUCCAUUGCAGCCGCAGCAAGAGGCCCCCACUUGUCCGUCAAGGACGCUCCAAGGAAGGAAAAGGCCGCCCCCGGACUGGAGAGACCACCGUGUUCUCUGUGGGCAGGUUCCGAGUGACACACAUUGAGAAGCGAUAUGGGCUACAUGAGCAUCGUGAUGGGUCACCCACUGACAGGAGCUGGGGCUCUGGUGGGGGACAGGACCCAGGGGGAGGUCAAGGGUCUGGGGGAGGGCAGCCCAGGGCAGGGAUGCCUGCCAUUGAGAGGCUGCCCUCUGAGGGGCCACAGCCCCAGGCCCUAGCGAGCCCCCCAGUGCAGAAUGGAAGACUGAGGGACAGCAACCGAGUCCCACGUGCACUUGAGAGGAACACUGGAACCUCUACAGAGCCAGCGCAGGGGGCCAGAGGGAGGGACCCAAGCCCAGGGCUGCCCAAUCAAAAGGCAAAUGAACAGCCAAGAAAACCAGACACCUCAGAUCACCAGGUGUCUCCACCUCGGGGAGCAGGGGGUGUAUAAGCUGGCAAGGCCAGGGGGUGGGUGAGCAUGAAGGCCCUCCCCUCCACUGGAG